AUGAACAAAAAAAAAUCUAUAUUCGAUUUUAAGGAUAUAUUUCCUAAAUGUAUAAAGGACUUUAAUACUAUUGAAAAAGAAAAGGGAAAUAAUGUUCACAAUGAUAAAUUUUAUAUUGUGUGCUAUUUAAUUGAAAAUGAAUUAAAUAUUAAAAUGCAAGGUUUUAUAAACUUUUGUGUUUACUUUAGUAACUAUUUGGAACGUAUAAUUCCUAAAAAUGUUGACAAUAGAGAGCCAUAUUGUAAAUAUUUCAACUACCUACUAAAGGAUGUACUAUAUUAUCUUUCAAGUUCAUCUUGUUCAGGUGAAAAAAAAUGUUAUCAGGAAAUGAUAAAAGUAUACAAAAAAAAAGAUAUGAAUAAUAUGAAUAUAUGUGAUACCUUUGUAAAAGAUCUUGAAGAUAAUGUUUAUAAAGUAUUGAAUUAUCUGAAUUCCCUUUAUAAUUAUCUUGAAGUUUUAAAAAUUGAUAGCAGUGCAUGUGAAUCCAAUACUUCUUGCUUUCGACACUAUAAUGAUUUUUUAAAAAAAUGUGAUGAAAUGAAAAAUGACAGUCUAAAUAAUGUUAUGGGAAUAAUUAAAGAACAAUUUAAGUAUUAUGUCAGGAUAGAAAGAGAAAUUAUACCUGUCCCAAAACAGUUACAAUCAACCCCUUUGAUAACUGCACGAAAGGUGAUUAUAAUUAUGUGUAUUAUUACACUUGCUAUAACGUUUAUUCCGUUUAUUCUAUAUAAGGUUAAUAAUAAAUUAAAUCUACAUAUUAACACAACAUGUCGAACAUAUUUAGAACCAAGUUUAAGGGAGUUAAAAAAAUACUGGCACAAAAAAAUUAAACAGAACUUAAAAUUAUUUAAUCAAUUUGAAAACAGUUUUGAGGAAUUAAUGGAUAAAAAUUCUGAAAAAACAUAUAACACUUUAUACUACCCCUAA